AUGCCUGACAAACCACUGAGUGUUCAACAACAACAACAACCUCAUCUUCAUGAUACCACCUCUCACAAGAUUCCUAAAAAAGUUCAUGCAUCACAUCUUGUUGAGAAAUCCAAACAGAAAACCUCUGCCACAACGACUGGUAAAACUUCUUCUGAAUACAUUCCUGUUCAGUUGGAAGAUAUUAUUGAAGCUCCUGGUCAUUUGAUCACUUCCGAUCCAAUCUUUGAUUUAUUCAAGAAUGUGACCAAGUUUUUCACAGCUCAUGAAUGUUUUGAAUAUCAAUUCAGUUUGGUGAACUCUGCUGCAAGAGAAGCUGUGUUGCAAAAUCACUUUCUUGGGAAUGAGAAGAUUGUACAUACUUAUUUGGUGAAUUGGAUCAAGAGCAAAAACAAGAAAGAUCAAACUCGAAAAGAACUCCCAGAAUUGAUUCAAAAGUUCAACAUUUCAAUCUUCAUUCACAGUUCUCCAAUCUUGCAAGUUUUAGCAGCCCAACAUGGAUGUGAAGGAAUAUUAUGGGAAGUCUUGAAACAUCCAUUCAUGACAUAUGCCAUCUUUAGAACUCUCCAAACACGGGAUGUUGGUGAAAUUCUUCAAUUCACAGAUAUGAAGUUUUACAGUAUUUUCCAUCAUAUUGACCUGUUCUCCAUUCUAUUGGGUGAAAUGAUUCAUUUGGAUUAUUUAAAUUCUGCAAAUACCUUGUUCAGUGAUUACUUACAGAGUCAUACAUGUCCUUUGGAUGCGAAAGAAAAGGUCCUAAAGAUGGACAACAUGAUGGAGAUUGCUAUGGAGAAGGAUCUUCCAAAUGUGUACUUUUAUGUGAUGGAGAAGAUUGUCGAAAUGAAGAGAAUGUACAUUGAGGAAAUGACUGAGUCCUUCAACAAAUUAUCGAUCGAGUUGAAUUCCAUUCCAAUUCGAGUGUUUGAUGAGAAUGUUGACAAGGAAGAACAAACACUGUUGCCAAUCAUUGAUAAGGAAGAACAAGAAAUGGAACAGUCUGCAGAGAAGCAACUGGUCGAAAGAUACUUUUACUCUCGAUUCAAAAAUUUAAUUUUGAAUUGUCCAAAUAUAUUCUUUGAGGGAUUUUUGGGCAUUCCUUCCAUGAAUCCUCAUACGUUGCAAGUACUCAAAAGAUUGAUUGGAAAUUGUGAGACUCAACAAGAUCGAGAAUAUCAUUUGGCAAAGUUUGUCCUGACCUGUGUCAAAAAUAGAGAUAAGGAAUUGCCUUACAUCCUUGAUCGAAGUACUGAAUAUGCCAUGAAACUGUCAUACAAGACACUGUGUGAUGUUUUCGGAGAUCGUGAUGUGAUUCAGUUGGGACUAUUGAAGUCCAUGCAUAUUUUCAAAACCAUUGGACAUUUACUUGAGAGAGAGGAGCAAGAAUCGAUGGGAGUGACGGUCGAUAAAAAAACGAACAUCUUCUCAGUGGACGAUCUCAAGUUGAUAUUCGAAGAGAUGGAGAAGCGACAAAACUAUUCAGCCUUGGAUUCCAUCAGAAAGAGUUUGUUGAGAUAUAGGGAAAAGGAUAUCUUGUAA